UAUGGUUUCGGAGCAAUCACCAAACAAUAAGCUAAACAUUUCUUUUGAUAAAUAAAGGCUUAAGGUAUAUGGCGAAAAUGAAGGCAAUGAGCCUCGCUAGCUUGCUAGUACUUUCAACUUUAGUUAUGGUGUCAGAGAGUCGGGUGGCGAGAAAGGACUUGGGUUUGGAUUUGGGUGGAGUAGGUAUAGGUAUAGGUACUGGAAUCGGUAUUGGACUCGGAGGAGGUGGUUCAGGGUCUGGGUCUGGUGCAGGUGCAGGAAGCUCUGGUUCUAGCUCAUCUUCCAGCUCCUCGAGCUCUAGUUCUUCCGGAGGAGGAGGGGGAGGAGCAGGCUCAGAAGCUGGCUCCUCUGCUGGUUCUCAUGCUGGAUCUGGUUCAGGAGGCCGGGGAGGCGGAGGUGGCGGCGGCGGCGGUGGUGGUGGAGGUGGAGGUGGAGGCGGUGGACGUGGAGGAGGGUCUGGUGAGGGAAGUGGCUAUGGGUCUGGGUCUGGGUCUGGGCAUGGGCGUGGAGGUGGUGGAGAUGAUCGCAAAUAAGAAAAUACGUACUAAUUAUCUUUUUCUUGGAAGAUUUAUGAAUAAGUUAUGCAUGCAUGCAUGCAUUAAUUAAAAUGGUUACUUGUGUAUUAAGUCGCUUUUAGGUUAUGAUGAACAGUGCAUUUGUUGGAAUGCUUUUAGUUUAACAACAAAUUGUGGUUCGUAGUUCAUGAUUGUACUGCAUGCCAUUAUAAUGUAAUAUCCUGUUUUCUUCUUUGGCAAA